CUUGAAUUAGAAAGUGCGAUUUUUAUUUAAAUACUGUUUUUAUUUAACUACGACUCCCUUGCUUAAAUAUAUAAAUUGUUUGAAAGAUUAUUAGAAAAAGAAAAUAUGUCGUUUGACACAAUACCAAAAGAUUUGAGAGGUUUACGAGCUUGUCUAGUUUGCUCUCUGAUUAAAACAUUUGAUCAAUUUGAAAUAGACGGAUGCGAUAAUUGUGACGGAUUUUUGAGAAUGAAGGGCAAUAAGGACAACGUUUACGACUGUACUAGUAAUAAUUUUGAUGGGAUGAUCGCAGUUAUGAGUCCAGAAGACAGUUGGGUCUGUAAAUGGCAACGCAUUAACCGAUUUGUGAAAGGAAUGUAUGCCAUCUCAGUAUCUGGACGUCUACCCAAUGGAGUAAUUCGGGAAAUGAAGAAUCGCGGAAUCACAUAUCGUCCAAGAGACACUUCUACCCGGUAGAAAGACAAAAAGAAAGAAUUUAAUUAAGAACAAAACAAAAUUGACUUUUCAAUAAAUGAGUAAUAACUUAA